UUUUAAUGUCCGGUAGAUGCCAGGAAUAUUACCUCCGUGCUGUUCGAGAGCAUUGUUCCUCCUCUCUCACGCCCAGCGAUGGCGCGCGUUGUGAAUGUGGACGAGUAUGAAGAUCUAGCUAGGGUUAAGAUGCCGAAGAUGCACUACGAUUUCUACGCGGGCGGCGCCGAGGACAAGUGGACGCUGCGUGAGAAUCGCAGCGCCUUCUCGAGGAUCAGGAUCCGGCCGCAAGUUCUUGUGGAUGUCAGCCACACGGAUCUCACAACCUCGGUUCUCGGAUUGGAGAUUGCUUGUCCGAUCAUGGUCGCCCCGACCGCAUUGCACAAGCUCGCGCAUCCCGAGGGAGAAUUAGCUACUGCAAGAGCUACUGCUGCCGCAAAUACUGUCAUGGUUGUAUCGACAUCUUCAAGUCACACCAUUGAGGAGAUCGCGGACACAGGUCCUGGAAUUCGAUUCUUUCAGUUGUAUAUAUUCAACAAGGUUAGAGCUAUGGAGCUCGUUGCUCGAGCGGAGAAGGCUGGCUACAAAGCCAUUGUUCUCACCGUUGAUACUCCAAUUCUUGGAAGAAGAGAGGAUGAUUUACGAAACAGACUAGUUUUGCCACCAGAUGUGAGUAUGAAGCUAAUUGACGACAUUGGCGAGCAACAUUCUCAGCCAACAGAACCGGGCUCUUCUCUUGCCGCCGUCGCAUCCGAGUACAAAGACAAAUCCAUCACUUGGAAGGAUGUCCAAGCUUUCAUGAAGCUAACGAAACUCCCAUUCUUGCUCAAGGGGAUACUCACCAAAGAAGACGCUCUGAAGGCUAUCGACAUCUGUGUCGACGGGAUCAUUGUUUCCAACCACGGUGGCAGGCAGCUAGAUCACGUCCCAGCAACGAUCUCUGUGCUUGAAGAGGUGGUGGCAGCAGCCGCUGGUCGGUGUCCUGUCUUCGUCGAUGGAGGCAUCAGACGAGGCACGGAUGUUUUCAAAGCGCUCGCUCUCGGUGCUAGUGGAGUUUUCGUUGGGAGGCCCGUCCUGUUCGGUCUGGCCAUCGAUGGCGAGCAAGGCGUGAAGAAAGUGCUAGACAUGCUCAAGGACGAGCUGAGAACCACCAUGGUAAUUGCUGGCUGCCCAACACUCGCUCAUAUAAAUCGAUCGAGCGUCCAAACGCCAGAGGAGAAACCAUCCAGCAAGCUCUAGCAAUCAAGCAAGAAAAACGCUGCUCAAAGUCACUGCCAUUUUUUUCUGUUGAGAAUGUGGAUUGACAAACUUUGUGCGUGAUCUUCUCACGUCACUUGUGCGGCGUCUCCCACACAAAGUUUCUCCUCUCGCAGUCCUCAAACAUGUUGAUCCGCCAUGGAACCUGCGCGA